AUGGGCUUCACCGACCUCCUUACCGAUGCUGGCGCUUCCGUGCUCAACAACUGGUUGAGCACCCGCUCUUACAUUGUUGGCCAAUCUGCCUCUCAGGCUGAUGUCGCUACCUUCAAGGCCCUCUCUGGCUCCCCUGACGCCGAGAAGUACCCCCACGCCGCCCGAUGGUACAAGCACAUCGCCAGCUACGAGAGCCAGUUCGCCACCCUCCCCGGUGAUGCUUCUGCUCCCUACACCACCUACGGUCCUGAGACCGCUGAGGUGACCAUCAACCCCGCUCAGGCCCCUGAGAAGGCUGAGGCCGAGGAUGAUGACGAUGUCGACCUGUUUGGCAGCGACGACGAGGAGGACACUGAGGCCGCCCGCGUCCGCGAGGAGCGUCUUGCUGAGUACCGCAAGAAGAAGGAGGCUAAGCCCAAGACCAUUGCCAAGUCCGUCGUCACCCUUGACGUCAAGCCUUGGGAUGAUGAGACCGACAUGGUUGAGCUCGAGAAGGCUGUCCGUGCUAUUGAGAAGGACGGUCUCGUCUGGGGUGCCUCCAAGCUCGUCCCCGUGGGUUUCGGUGUCAAGAAGCUCCAGAUCAACAUGGUUGUCGAGGACGAGAAGAUCUCCGUCGCCGACCUCGAGGAGGAGAUCCAGGAGCUCGAGGACUACGUCCAGUCCACCGACGUUGCUGCCAUGCAGAAGCUGACGCAGAACUUGGCCCAUCUACCACCCUACCAAACCGAAAUAGUCAGAGCCGUGACCCGAGAAGUGAGAGAUCUGGAUAAAGAUGUUGGGGAACUUCUCGAACCUUUCCAAGGUUCCUUCGACCCCAGCGCCGACCAGGCCGUUGCCUGCACGCUCCUCGUAAACCAUCUAUCUAUGCGAAGGAACAAAAGGUGUCUGCUUGCCUAUCACCGGACGCGGACGGACAAGCUGGAGGAGCUGGUAUGGAACGGAACAGACGUGAGUGAUCUGUCCGGCCAGCAAGUACGAGAUGCGGGUGCCUCUAGCACAGGAGCCAGCGAUGCUUCGAAAAGUAGUCUGAGUCCUCAAGAGGAGGAGUACUUUAGACAAUACAGCGACCUUUUGGCAGCGUACAAGGGUCAAUGGACGGAUAUUGAUCUUACAGGUAGCCUGGAGCCACCGCGAGACCUGUUCAUUGAUGUGCGAGUGCUCAAAGAUGCUGGAGAAAUUCAAACAGAAUACGGGGCCAUCACUUUGACUAAGAACAGUCAGUUUUAUGUUCGCCAAGGAGACGUCGAAAGACUUAUUGCACAAGGAUAUUUACAUAAGCUUAAUUAG